UUUAAUGGGUGUUUUGGCAGACUUCCAUCAGUCAUUGUCAGUAUUUCUCACUCUCUGUACCGUACUGACUUUCAUCUUGACAAUGGUCUAUCGACGAAUCUCGUACAAUAGGAAAUACAACUGGCCCCCAGGUCCAAAGGGAUGGCCCCUCAUUGGUGUCAGCCCGCUAAUUGGCCCUGACUCGGGACAAACAAAUACGAACAUUACCCGUCUGGGAAAGCAGUUCGAUCCGGACGUAUUUACUCUGAACUUGUACGCUGGAAAGCGUAUGUUGAUUCUUAACAGCUUCAAAGCAAUCAAGGAAGCAUUUGUCAGACAGUCGACUCUGUUUUCUGAUCGCCCCAGUGUGUGGCCCUUUACGUACGUCAACAAGAAUAAAAAGAAUGUUGGUGUCUUUCUGGAGCCCUUCACCGAGUCAUGGAAAAAGGAAAGAACCGUUCGUCAGUUUGGUUACGGUACCCCAAAGUCAGAAGAGAAAAGCGUGGAGCAGGCCAACUAUCUGGUUGACCUCAUCAAGAAAAGGAACGGUCAACCAUUUGACCUCGGUCCCCCAACUAGCUUGUGCAUGUUGAAUGUCACAUUUUCUCUCAUCUUUGGCGCCACCUACGAGGAAGAAGAUGAGAAGUUUUCCAUGAUACAGAAGGCUAUUAUGGCCUGGUAUGUGGAGAUCUUUAAGCUUUAUCACGUUGAGCCACUUCUGCCGUUCUUUGACAAGUUUGGUCUCAGCCCCAGACUGAAGCGGGGUCAGAAAAUGACUAAGGAAAUCUGUGCUUUUGUACAGGACCACAUCGACCAUCACAGAGCAACCCUAGAUCCCAAUAAUUCCUGCGAUAUGGUGGAUCAGUGCCUGAUUGAAUUGGCCAAGAAUGACCCAAACGGCGAGCUGCGUGACUUCACUGACGAUAAGUUUAUGUGGAUGAUGUUUUUCUUUAUCCCCGAUCAGGGGGACACGGCGGUGGGUUUGUUUCAGUUCUUGGUGCUCGCCAAUGCUAUCCAUCUUGAUGUGCAGCAGCGAGUUUAUGAGGAGAUUCAAGAGAUCAUCGGUGACCGGCCACCCUCCCUAGACGACAAAGACAGAAUGCCUUACACGAAAGCUGUUAUCAUGGAGACAUUACGCAUGGAUACCACAUUCUGGCUGUUGAUACCACAUUCUGCGGCAGGUGAUGUGAGCAUCUUUGGGUAUAACAUCCCCAAGGAUACCACCGUCAUUCCCAACAUCUUUGCCGUCCACUUUGACCCAGAGCUUUGGGGAGAUCCAUAAACCUUCAGGCCCGAGAGGUUCAUCGAUGACGCUGGGAAGACCUUUAGGCCGGAGUAUUACAUGCCGUUUUCAACAGGACGCAGAACAUGUAUUGGUGAGCAGAUGGCACAGAAGCAGUUCUUCAUCUUCUACGUCACGCUUCUUCAGAAUUACAUUCUCAAACUCCCAGAUGGGGAUCCAAUACCCAAGUUGGAAUCCCAAUGGUUGUGGGUGUCUCCGCCCGAGUACCGACUGCAAGCAGAACCGAGGAAAUUAAUGUGCACGUGUUUCUCCGGACGUAUUCAAUUUAGAACCGAAGUUGGAAGGGAGAAAUAGUCGGGUCUCUUUAUUAAAAAUGAGAUUCAAUAUUCAUGAUUUGUUUUUGGUUAGGCCUACAUGAAAAAACACCAGCAACGUGAUAUCAAGGGUUAAGGAAACUUUAUAUAGGUUUAUUACUAUAGCAUGCAUGGCCAUUUUAAUAUUCUUGUCCAUUAUAAUGAUAAUUAAAAUGUUCUGUUAUCCCGCAUAUCUUUCAAGUUUAUUUUUAAAAUUGUAGGCAAGUUCGCCCCAAACACUAGGCUAAAUCCGCUCUUACCAUAAAAUUAAAGGGAGACGAAACAGCCAUUCGCCCCAACAGACGGGUUGAAAUUUUGCAGACAAUUUGUGUAUAGUUUGUAAUAUUCGGUUGUGAAAUAUUUGCCUUUAAUUAAUUUGCCUUUAAUUUCAAGCUAUAGUGAUAGAUCGGUUAUUUACUGGAUAUUUUGUUGGCCUGUAUUAAACCAUUGAAGUGUAAUCAAGCUAUUGCUUGGUUUGGGAGCCCGGGUACAUGCACGCUACGUGUUUAUAUUCGUUUGUGUACUAUAAUAAUCUGUUCAAUUAAAUUUCAAACCCUAACUUAUAUUUGUUGACAAAAUUAUGUUACUUUACUUUACUUCAGUAUGGUGAUGGAUGGUUUUUAAUUUUACUUGAUUUUUGUUUACUUGUUUUACCAAUUCGUUUUUACCCAACCCAAAGCCUAAAGCGAAAGACACUGCGAUGGUUAUAUAUUGAGGUUCAAUAACUAAGGUUCAAUCAUUUUAUCUGGUGAUUUUAAGGCUAUUAGUGUUUAGGCAUAUCAGAUGGGAAACACUGCCUUAUGUUUUAACCCGUACUCCCUUGAAUCUUACUGGAAUGUUUCCUAACCCUAAUAAAAACCCGACCACGUUGAUUAUACCCAAUACCUCACAAUAUUGACUUACAGUGCAGUGCAACAGAUGAUCAAACAAUGGAUUUUGAAGGGUCGGGAAUAGAAAGUUACAGUGGUGCCAUGUUUAUUAGGCCUGAAUGCAUUAAGAUAGCGAGAUUCAACAAAACUUGCUAUUGUUGAUAUAUUUUUUGAUACGCUCUUUGACUGCUUGCAUGGGCUUGGGAUCUGGCUUAGGUCCAGUCCACCGGUUUUGAACCUGCUGAAGUUGGAGCCUGAGCCGAAGUUAGUUCAAAAGGGCAGAAGCUUUUAAGUUAUCAUUCAAAUUCAUUCAAUCUCAGUUUAUCAUCAAAUGUUACUUUUUAUAAUGCAAUAUUCUAAGUUUUUAUUUGUGUUUUAAAGGGAAGGUACACGUUUGGUAAUUGGAGUACCCCCAUCAUAACCAUAAAAUGACA